CGUCACCGCUACGCGCGUUCUCUCCCUCAGUCAACGAAGUCUUCUGAGCAAUUAACCUUCAGUGAAGCUCCUCCCACAGGAAUUCACCAAAAAAUGCUGCAAUAUUUUCAUCAUCUUACAAGUGAGUUUUCAGAACAUGAAUGGUCCAGAACACUGCAGAAUAAAACACAAAGAUACUAAAAAAUUAAAGAGGUUGAUGUUUAUUCUUGAUUUUUCAUUAAUGAUGUUGAAGAACAUUAGUGUUGUGAAACUUCAUCAGAUUUUAUUGUUGUUUUUAGAUUAGUCAUAAGAGCUGUGAAAUAAGUUAAAAUAGCAAGUACUUUAGGGACACUUUCUUGGCAAUUGGAAAAAUAAAUUGAAGUGGUGGAUUUACAAUCCCCUCUUUUAUUAUAUAACAAAUAGAGAAUCAUUCCUUAAAACCAUUGCAUCUAUUCUAGAAUUAAAUGUUUUAGCUAAUGUCUGUAGUUAACAUCUGAGAAGUCUCUAAUGGUCCUUUACAGGGGUCUUGAGCGUAGUUGACAUGAUUUUUGGCCUAUAUGUGAACAACACUCCAGACGAUUUCAGACCCCUUUAGAGCGAACCGAACUGAGACCAUCUAGGCAGGUGGUCUGGGUACGGUUCGCUAAAAAAUGUCCAUUGUGAAUACAAAUCAGUUUGGGCUCACUUGAUUUUUCUAUACGUGAAUUUCAAUGUAGUUCAUCAGAUGCCUCCGUACAAAUCGGCUGUUCAUCAUGGCUGCUUCUUUUAGCAGACUUGCCACACCUUUUUCAAAUUCAGUCAUUUUAGGCCUCAAAAACCAGAAAAGUGUCUCGCUAAAUCCUGGUGGGACUGACUGCUCGAGUGAUAUCUCAUUAUAAUUUUUUCUGGCUUUGACUAUUGACCAUUUGAAUCAAACCAUGGUCUUAUAACAAGCUACCAAGUCAUGAAUUAUUCAUUCACAACGUACACUUGUUUAUUGUAAUUUCAACCACUUCCAAACUGUUAGAUGCGGCUGCGUGCCUUGCCAGUUAAAAUGGUUUUACGAGCGCACACACCUAAAGCGCAUACAGAGAAAGCCAGCUGUCACAGCGCAUGUACUUAACUAAAUAUCAUUAGUGUCUUAUUGCAUUUAAAGUGUUUAAAACACACAAGGUUCACAUAAACAGUUGCUUUUGUCUUAAGUGAAUGAAAGAAAUCAUGUAUCUGUAUCACUAUAUUGUGCAUUACUCUAGUUCUUAAAUUCACAUCAGCCUAAUAUAAGAAUCAGUAGAACCUGUAUACAUAUUAUUCAUACAGUGAAGAAUAUGCAGUUUUAUUUUUUCAUUUGAUGAUCUCUUUUCUUACUUGAAUGCUGCUUUUUGGUGUACCUGCUUUACCUGAAAAUUUAAAGCAGUUUAUUUCAUUUGCAUUAUUGUAUUUGUCCUAUUGUUUUUUAAAUAUGCUGAUGUUAUCAUCGUCUUCUGCAAUAAAAAAACAUGAUUCAAGGAAAACAAUUCAAAAUUAAUGUUAUUUGCAAAGGUGGAUGUGUGAUAUAGUGCAAGAAUAUGGAUGUAGUAUUGCAAUAAAAAAUUGUUUUUUUGCGCAAAAGAUAAAUUUUCAACAGAAUUUGUAGCAAUGUUGUUUUACUUCAUUAUAGAAGUAAUAAUUAAUAAUAAUAAUCUUUACAAACAAAUACCUUGGUUAAGCAUAUACAGUGUAAGUGAAUGGAAUAAAAUUUUGCCAUAAGGUCAGCCAUUAAACACUUAACUGGACUACAUCCAAAAAACAACAGUAUGAACACAAAGAGGUCUGAGACCACAUUCCAAAAAUGAAUCUGAGCCCUCUUUCAGGGACAAGGACAGUGUGAACAUAAAGAGAUCUGGGUCUUGGUCCACGUUAGGGAGCCUGAGUUCGGUUCUUUUAAAGAGGACUCAAGUGUGAAAACACCUUAAAGGAUUAGUUCAUCCAAAAAUGACAUUUCUGUCAUUAAUUACUCACACUCAUGUCGUUCCAAACCCGUAAGAUCUUCGUUCAUCUUCAGAACACAAAUUAAGAUCUUUUUGAUGAAAUUCAAGAGGUUUUUUUUAUCCUCAAUAAAAAGCAACAAAAUGACCACAUUCAAGGUCCACAAAAGUAGUAAAAACAUUGUUAAAAUAGUCAAUGUGACUACAGUGGUUCAACUUUAAUGUUACGAAGCAAGGAGAAUACUUUUUUGUGCGCAAAAACAAAACAAAAUAACUUGUCAAACAAAUUUGUCUCUCCCCUGUCAUUCUCCUACGCUGUUUAUGUUGCAGCGCUUCCAGGUUCUACGAUGCUGUUCACAUGAGGAGCAGGACACAUGCGUGUGAUACUGAUGCAGGAGCCGGCCAAUACUGAGUCAGCGUUCCGAUGUAAAACCUGGAAGCGCUGAACGUAAACGGCAUAGGAUAGGAAUGACACAGAAGAGAAGAUAUUGUUGAAUAAAGUCGUUAUUUUUGUUUUGCUUUUGCACACAAAAAGUAUUCUUGUCGCUUCAUAAAAUUAAGGUUGAACCACUGCAGUCAUGUCGACUGUUUUAACAAUGUCUUUCGUACCUUUCUGGACCUUGAAAUUGGUGGUUAAAUUGCUGUCUAUUGACCCUUCGCUAUGAGUUUGAUUGACAGGCGAUCUAACCAAUCAUAACCCUGAAUCCACCGUUAUGUCUGACAAAGCAUUUAGGGGAGUUAGUAGAUUAACGUCGGUGAACUUGAAAAAUGGUUUGUAAUAACAUCUUUUCGCGGUUGAAACAACAUUCCUUCUGAUGUUCAUUCAUGUUUAUUUGAUGUUAUAAAUUAACUAGUAGGAAGAGAUGAUCGGUUCACGAGCCGCUUGAACUGAGGUGCUACAGCGAUCUGUCACGACACAAAAUGGUAUUUACUGUUUAAUAUCAAAAGUAACCUGCUUCUGUCUUGUCUGUCGGGCUUGUCCGACAUAGCAACAGUAACUAAAGGUGGCGGGUCUUUGCAAACGGUCAAUUGAGAAGUCAGCUAUUAGAUUUCAUCAAAAAAUAUCUUAAUUUGUGUUCCGAAGAUGAACAAAGGUCUUACGGGUGUGGAACGACACGAGGUGUGUUUCCUCGCCUAUGGUGUGAGACGCUGAUAAUAUCCAGGAUCGCUGUGACCCUACAUAGGAUAAGCGAUUUGGAAAUGGAUAUAUAUAUCAGAUUUCAGAAAAUAUCUGAAAAAAGGAGAAAAAAUAGGUAAUGGCUUCAUUCUGAUAUUACAUCAAGGUAACUUUUUUUGUCCUUUCCCUUCUCAUUUUUCUACAUUUUAUGAUUACUGAAAAUUUAACUUUUCUUUCAUUUUAGACCUGAUGGAAGACAACAAGGAGAGUGAAGAACUGAGAGAAGCAAAGGAGAAACAUCAUGUCAAAACUGGUGAAAAACAUUCAAGUCACUCACAGACUGAAAGCAAUUUAUUGAAAAAAUCUUUCACCUGCCUUCAGUGUGGGAAGAGUUUUACAGAAAAAGCAAGUCUGAAGAGACACAUGAAAAUCCACGCUGGACAGAAACCACACACAUGUGAUCAAUGUGGGAAGAGUUUUGUACAACAAGGAACCCUUAAAAUUCACAUGAAAUUCCACACUGGAGAGAAGCCACACACGUGUGAUCAGUGUGGGAAGAGUUUCACGAAAAGAAGAGCCCUUAAUGUACACAUGAAAAUCCACACCGGGGAGAAUCCGCACACAUGUGAUCAAUGUGGGAAGAGUUUCACAAAAAGAAGAGCCCUUAAUGAACACAUGACAAUCCACACUGGAGAGAAGCCGCACACAUGUGAUCAGUGUGGGAAGAGUUUCACACGUGUAAGCGCUUUUAAUUUACAUGUGCAUUCUCAUUCUGGAGAAAAACCAUUUACCUGUGAUCAGUGCGGUAAAACAUUUUUUAGGGCACGUACACUGAAGGACCACAUGAAUAUUCAUACACAGGAGAAGCCUUACAUGUGUUCUUUCUGUGGAAAUAGUUUUAGUCAGCUGAGUAACUUAAAAGUACACCAGAAAAGACACAGCGGUGUGAAAAAUCAUGUGUGUUUUGGUUGUGGGAAGACCUUUUUUACAGAUGGUGAAGUGAAGCGGCAUCAGAGGAUCCACACUGGAGAAAAACCUUACAAGUGUUCACACUGUGACAAGAGAUUCAAUCGAUUAGGUUCUCUGAAAACACACGAGAGGAUCCACACUGGAGAAAAACCUCACAAGUGUUCACACUGCGACAAGAGAUUCAGUCAGUCAGGACAUCUGAAAAUACAUGAGAGGACGCACACUGGAGAAAAACCUUACGAGUGUUCAUUCUGUGACAAGAGAUUCAGUCAGUCAGAAUAUCUGAAAUUACAUGAGCGGUUCCACACUGGAGAAAAACCUUACAAGUGUUCACACUGCGACAAGAGUUUCAAAUGGUCAGAAUAUCUGAAAAUACAUGAGCGGAUCCACACAGGAGAAAAUCCUUACAAGUGUUCACACUGUGACAAGGUUUUCAGGCAGUCGGGAAACCUGAAAGCACAUGAGAGGAUCCACACUGGAGAGAAACCUUACAAGUGUUCACACUGUGACAAGAGAUUCAGUCAGUCAGGAAACCUGAAAAAACACAAGCGAAUCCAUACUGGAGACAAGCUGUAACAUUGCCCUCCAUGUCUUCUUAUCUUCUUUACUCAGUCAUACAAAAAACAAAUGUUUGAAAUCACUGCAAGUAGUUCACCUUCAGAUCCAGCACAUUCAAAUGUGAUACUGUGUCCUGACCAAAUGUGACCCAAUAAAACAUUGAGCUUAAUGAGCUAUAAAAUCUCUUCUAUAUAAAUCUGCCCUAACCAUCUGCAACAAGUGAAAGGACAAUGAAACAUCAUCUGAAUUUGUUACAGAGUUCAUCUUCAUGCAGUUUCAAGUGUGAGAUUCAGAUCAACUCAAAGAGUUGUGAGUUGGCGUAUAUGUAAUCUCUUUUCCCUUCAAGAUUUGAGCUGACUCCUGCUCUUGACAUUGUAAACAGCUUUCUUUCAAAUAAAAAUGUCUUCGAUUGA